GGUUAGUUCAAUCCCAACGCCCGACGAGAGAGAAAGAUGGCUUGAGCUGGACUCCCUCCAGCCUGACCAAGGGAACGCUUACACCUGCUGCAUUCUUGGUGACUCGGUUAAAACCGCUAAUAUCAUCGUCCUCUUUCUUCCUUCCUUGCAUCUCGCCUUCAUCCUUCCCACCCCACCCUCCAUCCCCCACCUUGCUCAUGUCUCUGGAUCUCCAGGUUCCAGACUCUGCCCGGACAGUAGGAGCGCGUUUUGCCGCCCAUUCAGUCCAACUCCCCAUAUAUAUCACUUUGCUUGCCAGGGAGUAGAAGGUGUCGUUUGCAUUGCUUCCCUGGAAGGUGGAGAGAGAAGAGGAAGGAAAGAGGAAGGUCAGGGAACUUUGAGGGGAUCUGCGGUCAGAAUGGUUGGCAGGUGGGACAGUUGAGAGACUUCAGCCAGAACUGGGAUGAUGGCAUCUCUGUCUGGAGCCACGAACUGGACAGAGGACGGUGGUGGAGUUAACCCCAUAGAGUGGGGGAACCAGAGCUCCUCCACUGUCCCAGGGGCUCUGGAGGCAGCUGGGUUCGCAGGAGGCGACUGGAUGCAACUGGUGGCCCAGUCGGGGAACCUCUCUUUAUCCUUGCCCUCCCUGGAUUUAUUCGGGAGUGCUUUGGCCACAACCUCCCCAGCGCCUUUGCAGCCGAUGGCAAAUGUCACCAACCAGUUUGUCCAGCCGUCCUGGCGCAUCGUGCUGUGGUCCCUCGCCUAUGGCGUGGUGGUGGCGGUGGCUGUCUUCGGAAACUUGAUCGUGAUUUGGAUCAUCCUGGCCCACAAGCGCAUGAGAACCGUGACUAACUACUUUCUGGUCAACCUGGCCUUCUCGGACGCUUCCAUGGCCGCCUUCAACACCCUGAUCAACUUCAUCUAUGCUCUGCACAGUGAAUGGUACUUCGGCGCCAACUACUGCCGCUUCCACAACUUUUUUCCUAUCACCGCCGUGUUCGCCAGCAUCUAUUCCAUGACUGCCAUUGCGGUGGACAGAUACAUGGCCAUUAUAGAUCCUCUGAAACCCCGACUGUCUGCAACAGCUACAAAAGUUGUCAUCGGAAGCAUUUGGAUCCUGGCUUUCCUUCUUGCCUUUCCCCAGUGUCUUUAUUCCAAAACGAAAGUGAUGCCUGGUCGAACACUUUGUUAUGUACAAUGGCCAGAAGGUUCAAAACAGAACUUUACGUACCAUAUUAUUGUGAUUAUACUGGUGUAUUGCUUCCCAUUACUUGUCAUGGGCAUCACCUACACCAUUGUGGGAAUAACCCUCUGGGGAGGAGAGAUCCCAGGAGACACAUCAGACAAAUACCAUGAGCAGCUCAAAGCCAAAAGAAAGGUGGUAAAAAUGAUGAUUAUCGUUGUGGUAACAUUCGCUAUCUGCUGGCUGCCCUAUCAUAUAUACUUCAUCAUUACUGGAAUAUACCAGCACUUGAAUCGAUGGAAAUAUAUUCAGCAAGUCUACCUGGCUAGCUUUUGGCUGGCCAUGAGUUCUACCAUGUACAAUCCAAUUAUCUACUGCUGUCUCAAUAAGAGAUUCCGAGCUGGUUUCAAGAGGGCUUUCCGUUGGUGUCCAUUCAUUGAAGUAUCUACUUAUGAUGAGCUAGAGCUCAAGGUCACCAGGUUUCACCCCACCCGACAAAGCAGCCUGUACACUGUGUCCAGGAUGGAGUCCAUGACUGUGGUGUUCGACUCCAAUGAUGACCCCAACUCUAAAUCCACUCGAAAGAAGAAGGCAGCUUCAAGGGACACCAGCUUCAAUGGUUGUUCUACCAGGAAUUCCAAGAAGUCAGCUUCUACCACCUCUAGCUUUGUCACUUCCCCUUAUGUAUCUGCAGAUGAAUAUUCCUGAAAUCCUUAACUAUUAGCAAAAGAUUCUAUUGAGGGCAACAUUAUGGUAAAAAAAGAAACCUAUGUGCCUACCUUAGACCCAUAGAUUUCUUGAGCUCCAACAACAAAAAAGUUGUCUGUAGGCAAUCAUGCUUCAGUUUAUGGGUUGUCCAUAAAAACUCCAUACAAUGGCGCCAUAUUAGUAUUGCCUGUGAGGGAAAAGUUUAGGCUAUUUUUGUACAUAUGACAUGUUCUACCAUUGAAAAUUGUAUCUCAUGUGAAGGAAUUCCUCAAUCUGUUUAAAACACCCUGUUGCUUUUUUAUAAAGUUAAAUUGUUGUUAUGUGUCACUAACUUGAGAUGAUUCCAUUGGUCAUUUGACUUAUGAAAUUUCCAGUGAGUAGCUUAAAAGUUAUCAAAACAGAAUGGAAAUACAUUUUGUUCAAAUUCAUCUUAGAAGUAGAAAAGUUAAAUAGAUGAUACAGAUCAGAGCUGGAAGGCCCUCAUAAGCCAUCUUGUCAUUAUUCAAAAGAGGAAUAAGGCACAAAGGACUUAAAUAACUUGACAAGUUCACACAGAUGAAAAUCAUCAGACUUUCCAACUCCAGAGUGUCCUUUCCUAUAUCCUAUAUGGUUUCUCUGUAAACUGGGUGUUUUUACACCUCAUCUUUUAAAUUUCCAAAGCAUUUUAACUUUAUGAAGUGGACAAGAAAAAAAAUCCCAUCUUUUUUCUAAAUGUGAAAGUUGAGUUUCAGAGUAGUUAAUUAAUUGCCAUUUAUCACACAGCGAAUAAAUACUAAAAUUAUAACUGAUAUUCCAUCUCCUUCAUCCUCGGUCAGGCUGAUAUCAAAUGCAAAUGAAAAAUAAAUCAUACAUAGGGUAACUAGGCAGCACAGUGCUGGGCCUGGAAUAAGGAACACUUAGUUUCCUGAGUUCAAAUCUGACCUCAGAUACUUAAUAGCUAUGUGUCCCAUGGCAAGUCACUUAGCCCUGUUUGCCUCACUUUCCUCAUUUGUAAAAUGAGCUGAAGAAGGAAAUGGCAAAUAUUUCUGGCGGCUUUACCAAGAGAAUCCCAAAUGGGGGUCACAAACAGUCAGACACAACAACUGAAAAUGACUGAACAACAAAAAUUAUACCUAAGUAUCCCUUUUGUUGCAUGAUAGCUUAGAAAACCACCAAUCACUGUUAUCUAAAUGUUAAGAUAUUUUUAUUUUAUUAGGUAUUUCCUAAUUACAUUUUAAUCUUGUUUGAAUGUGUCACGAGUUUAACAACUCUGUCCUAGGCCAAUAUUCCUUCUACCAUGCCACCUGUUUUCUACAUACUAUACAAGUACUAUCUAAUGGCAACUAUAUAAUAUAAUUGGAAAUAAUUCUUUAAGAAAAAGACAAAAUCAAAGUUAAAUGAAAGGAUAAAUGGUCACAUUAUUUUCUCAUAUAGUCUAAUUUACAUAUAUUUGUUUCCCAUUUUCCCUAAGAAAAUGAAGGUCAGAAGAAAAACAUGCAUUCUCAUUCAUUCUCUAUCUUAAAAUGAAAAAUUAAGAAGACUUGGAUUAUAAGAUUCAAAUUGAAAAAAGGAGUCAUCACUUUCUUUUCUCUUUGCCAUUAAUAAAAAAGAUCAGAAUUGAUUAUAGAACAAGGGAAUAUGUGUUAGACUAGACUGACUUUCUUUUUUUUCCUUUCUCUCUUAAAUCCUUACUUUCCUCUGUGAAUCAAUGAUAUGUUGGUUUCAAAGCAGAAGAGUGGGAAAGAGUAGGUGAUUGGUAUUAAGUGACUUGCCCAAGAUCACAUGGCUACGAAGUGUCUGAAAUCAGAUUUGAACUGAGGACCUCCUGUCUCUAGACCUGGCUCUCAAUCUUAGACAAUAGCUUCUAAUGAAACAAUAUGGUGUCUCCAAUCACUCAGAACAAGUAUUAUGGAUAGGCAAAAAGAGGGGACCAUAGAGAAUUCUUUCACAAUCUGUAGUCAUGAAGGCUCCAUAUAAUCAUUUUUGCCCCCACAAAAUGAAGAGAAUCUUCUAUGGAAAAAUUAUGGUUAUAAUAUCACAAGGGUUUAAAAACAGAUUUUGUUUACCAACUGAGAACCAGGAAAGACAUAAUACAAACAUAAAAAGUGUAUAUAUGUAUAUAUGCAUAUAUAUAUGCAACCCCUGACAAAGACAAAUGCUAUUUGAGUUGAAAGGAAGAAUAAUUACAUAGUCAGGCUGAAAAAUAUUAGAGUUAAUAUAGAAGCAGAGAACCCAGCCAAGUAAAGAUGAAAGCCAUUUCUACAGUUUGAUAAUAAUUGUUAACCAUUUAAAUGUAUGCAAAUGAGGACUAGGAAAAAGAAACUGAACCACCCUUCUCCCAAACAGAGAAGAGUUCCCUCUAUGAGGUAGCUGAAUUAUUACACACUCCAAUUCCCAUCGAUCGAGAUGAGAAUUCCUCCUUAAGUAGUAUAUAUUUUCUUAGAUAAAACAAUACUUACAAACCUUAUUUUUCCCUGAAAGUCAUCACAGAACAAUGACAAAUGAAUUUUCAAUAUUAAUUUUUAAGAGCACAAUUUUCUUUGAGAUCCAUUCUGAUAGUCUUCUCUACUUAAAUAAAAGUCGCCACCAAUCUUAUUAUAUUAUAUUGAGGAAGCAAUGCACUGGAACCAAAUAAAUCAAAUUUAGAAAGAUUUAAUCAAUCAUUGAGCAUUUAGUAGGCUCCUACUAUAUGGCAGAAACUAUGCUAAAUACUAGAGAUGCAAUGACAAAGUGAAUCAAUCCCUGCCCUCAAGGAGUUUACAUUCUAUCAGGACAGACAACUUGUGUAUAGAGAGAGGCAAAUGCAAUAGAGAUGCAAGAAGAAAGAGAGCCCUGGAAAGUGAUACUUGAACUUAAAGCAGUAGGACUUUUUUCCCCCCACAAUUCAAUUAGAUUAAAGUUUCUUAACCACUUUUGCAUCCUGGACCUCUUUAGUCAUCUGGUGAUGCCUUGGAUCCCUUCUCAGAACAAUGGUUUUAAAUGCAUAAAAUAAAACACUUAAGAUUAUAAAGAAAGCCAAUUAUAUUGAAAUAAUUACCAAAAUAUUUUUAAAGCACUCACAGAUCCCAGGCGAAGAAACCCUAAGUUAGGAUUUAGAAGGAGUCUUAGUAAAAUUAUUAUCUCUAAAAUGUUAACAGGGUCUUUCUUCCUCCUACCCCAAGAGAAAUGUAAAAGACUAAGGGGAAUAAAGGGAGAGCAAUUCUUUCUUAGCAAACCAUGGUCCAUUUCUCCAAGAACAUUUGAUUGAUUUCAACAUUUCACUUCUCAUUUUAGAGCAAUAUGAACUGAAGCUAGGAGUGAUUUUUUAAGUGUGAAGAACUUUAAAUAUAGUUGCCCUAGAAUUGGUUACAGUGCAUAGCAUUUUGUACUGGGGUAGAUAGAAUGUAACUAUUUCAGAACUAACUGCAGGUUCCAGGUGAGGAAGUCUGUCACCAUGUGCAUGUUUUAUAGGCAAGUUUAUUAUUCUUGUUUAAAUGUUUUAAUGUGUUUCAUUAGUGUAACUUUUUGAAAUAUUGUUGGUUUUGUAAACAUGGAAAUAUAUAUCACAUUAUGUAAUAUUAGGGGGAAGAGAUCUAAUAUUGAAAAAUUGGAAUGUUGCUUUGUUCUUAAAGGUCUAAAUUAUGAAGGCAUUAUUGGAAUCUUAAUACUAUAGACACAUGGCCAAAAUUCUACCAUGAAAAAUACUAGCUAAAACAACUAGGACCAAAAUUCUUAAGAUAUCCAUGCUUCUCAUCCAACCAUACAUUUUCAAGGCAUGACUCAACCAUCAUAUAAAAUAAAGGAACUCAUUGAAAAUGACAAGGAAGAGCUAAGCUAAAAAGGGGGGGGGUGGAUAAUGCCCUCUUUAUUUGAAAGUUGAAAUAUACAUUCCUAUCUUUACCCAAGACUAUCACCUUGGCUAUAGCACAACCCAGAAAUAUUGGUUGUACCUUUUCCUCUUUGGCUGUAAGUGACAUGCAGCUUUAGCCCAACAGUAGAGGUUUUCAACCAAGACUCAUGAAAGAUAAAAAAGAAAGGACAAAAAUAAAAUUCAUAUGGGAAAUAUGCUUGCUUUCAUAUAUAUUACAGAAUCUGUGCAUUUAGAAAAAGGAAAAAUUAAAGUUCAGGCUUUUCCUUCCCUCCCCCAGAUUUGCCACAAAUUCUAGGGCCAGGCAGGUGAAAUAACUCAUUGUCACAUGUAAAAAUAAACUCCAGACCUGAUAUAAAAAAACACCCACUUAAAAAAAAACUUAACUUUUCUCUUAGAAUCUAUCAUAAGUAUCAAUUCCAAGGCAGAAGAGCAGUAAAGGCUAAGCAACUGGGCUUAAGUGACUUCCCCAGGGGAACACAGCUAAGGAAGUGUCUGAGGUCAGAUUUGAACCAGGUCCUCCCAACUCUUAAGUCUGGCAUUCUAACCAUUGUGAUACCUAGUUGCCACUAGAAAAACCACUUUUUAAAAACAAUCCCAAAACUCAAAUAUUUGAAAGGAAAAAAGUAAAAUUUAUAUCUAUGCAUCACUCUAUCUACUUGUUUCCAAACUAAAUGGGAACCUUCCUAUGUUAAGGUUUAAGGCAAUGACAAAAAAGCAAGCUUAUGUUCUUUUUAUGAAUAUAUAUCCAAAAAAAGCAUGAGUUUACUAGAUUUUAACAAGCACAGAAAUACAAAAAUAUUCCAACCUAAGCCUAAAAAGGGUCAGAUAUUUUCAUAACUUCAAAUGCAUUCUCUGAGAAAUUAAUGUAAAGAUUUCAUUCUUAUUUUUAUUUUUCUUAAUAAGUGUGAAAGACCUGGCAAUUGCUGUAGAGGAAAACAGAUAUUUUUUAACAGUCAAGAAUAUUGUAGAACCCAAAACAGAAUCUCUCCCAAGCUCACAACUCUGACAUUCAUGAUAGAGCAUCCUUAUUCUCAUCCUUCAGUUCUUUAGUUUCCUAUGAAUACCACUUUCAUAUUCAAAACUCUGAACAGGUUCAAAGAAACCUUCAUACUCAGAAAUCACACAGGAAAUUGCCAAGGGGCAUCUUAAUAUUAAGAACGAGAGAAAUAAAUUGAAGGUUAAAAAUGAUUGUUGGCUAACCCUUGGAUGUGCUGACUACAUAUGCUCACUCUAAAUUCCAGCAGACAUGCUAGAAUGACUUGGGCUCUUCCCCCUCAUUUUUAAGGCAAAGGAAUCAAAUGAAUUUCUUACAUAGGUACCAGCAAGAAUCCUAAUUCAGAACUAUUAAUGUGAACCACAGUUGAAUAAAAUGAAGCAGAGAAUCAGAUGCCAGAAUAAGGUUGAUGUAACUUAGAAAAUUAUUCUGAAUGAGAGCCAAGUUUAAUAGUGUUAUAUUGGAUUACUAGUCAAGUAUUACAAUGUUUUGGUGAAUACUUUGUGAGCAUAAGAGAUUAAUGUACAAAAUGUUUAUGGUUGGUUAAUAAAGUUUUUGUGACAUCCAUUUAAAAA